GCUCCCCAGGAAACUCUGAUUCACCCCUCAAGGUGGCCACGUUCCAGAGCGCUGCACCCCAAGGACUCUCUUUUCUUCUCUCACAAAGAACCUGUUCUUGCGGGUGUGGAAGUGCCUGGCGGGGAGAAGGAACCGGCUUCACCAGCCCCUGGGCCUGGGCCAGAGGCCAGCGGGAGCAGGGCCGGGCGGGCCGGCCGACCAGCCUCCAGCGGGUGGGAGACCACGGUGCGGCACGGCCCAGCCGGUCCUGGCUCCUGCAGGACCAGGGAAAGGCCUGGAGGAGAGACCAGGGCUGGAGGCUGAGCUGGAGGGCGGUCCCGGCCCACGGCCUUGGCAUUCCCAGGCCCCGGCCGGACUUCCUGGGCUGCUGUUUGGGGCUGGCUAAUGAUUAACAGGAGCUCAGCGGGGCGGCACGCACCUCCAGGCAGCGAGGGCCUGUGGCUGGCAGAGGCCACCUCCAUGUCUGCAGCCCGGCCUGUGACGUGACAGACCGUGUCAUUGGGGACUUCCUGUUCGCUGCUGAGGUCUCGGGUCAGGAUUCUCCCGUGGCUGGAUUGAAUUUGUUCCUGUGUUUGUGUGGAGAGAGGACGGAGGCCAAGGCGCCUCCUGGAAACGGAGAGCCUUCCCCGGAGCCCCGAAGAAGAGAAGAGCCACCUGCCGGAGGGUGCGGAGGAACAUGCGGAGAUGGAGGGCAGCUGGCGAGGUAUCCUGGCCGCGCUGGUCGUCGUGGCUGGCCUACCAGCUUCCGGAUCCAGCAACCAGAUCAUAGAAGGCCCCCGGAACACCACGGCGCUGGUGGGCGGGGAGGCCCACUUCAACUGCACGGUCUCACAGGGCUGGAGGCUCAUCAUGUGGGCUCUGAAUGGCACCGUGGUCCUGAGCGUCACGCCCAAGGAGCCCAUCAUCACCAGUGACCGCUUCACCUCUGCCAGCUACGAGGAGGGCGGCGACUUCAUCUCGGAGAUGAUAAUCCACGACGUGAAGUUCAGCGAUGCCGGGCGCGUCAAAUGCAGCCUCCAGAACAGCGACAGCGAGGGGUCCGCCUUCCUCUCCGUCCAAGUUGUGGGCAAGCUGCUCACCCCCAGUGACAGUCUUGUAGUCAUUGAGGACGAGCCUUGUAAUGUGACUUGCCGCGCGGUGGGCUGGAUGCCGCUCCCCGACCUUUCCUGGGAGAUCGGCGCCCCGGUGAGUCACUCGAGCUACCACUCCGUGCCGGAGCCGGACGACCCCCAGAGCGCCCUGAGCCUGCUGGCCCUGACGCCGCAGGGCAACGGGACAGUGACCUGUGUGGCCAACAUGAAGGGGCUGCAAGCCCGCGAUUCCCUCACGAUAAAUCUUACCGUGGUCCCGCCUCCCCUGGGCAGUGUCGACACAGCAGGUGCCGCCGCGUUGCCUACCUGGGCCAUAGUCCUCCUCGCAGUGUCGCUUUCGUUGCUUUUCAUCCUCAUCAUUGUUCUGAUUAUCAUCUUCUGCUGCUGCUGCGUCUCCAGGAAACAGGAAAAAGAAUCCAGUUAUCAAAGUGAAGUAAGGAACUCUCCAAAUGUGAAGGCAAACAAGGAAACUCUUGAGCCAAAGUUCACAAGCGGAAAUGAAAACUAUGGAUACACUUUGGACGAACAGAAGACCAAACAGCCUGUCUCUCUCCCUCCGGAGCUGCACGAUGCCAGCGUUCUCCAAUGGCAGCGCAGCGGGCAAGCUCAGCAGGGUCCCGAUCACCAGCAGCCGGGCCCGACAAGCCGCCCGCAGGUGACCUUGUUCAUGGCCGGCCCCAAACAGGUCAGGAACGUGACGUUGGUGUAGGGAAGAUGUGGCCCGUGGCCCACGACUUGCGUCACGACGAGGUCGGGAAGAAGCGAUGCUGGAAUCCUCGAACAAAGUGUCUCACAGCCGGAGAAAGACUGCUUUUCCCAGCUUCCAAAGUAGAAUUCCACUGUUAAUGUGUUUCAAGAUUUCAGUUAAUUCCGUCAAGUUACUCACUAAGAGCUACAAGUUGGUCACGGUCAUGUGUCUCGUCACUGCACACUCCUGCUUGCUGGUCUAAGAAAUGGUAGUGGAGUCUGUGCCCUACCGUGACUUCAGACGUGUUGCCUUGCAUCACAUGGAGAUUCUAUUUAUGUAUGUGUCAUAUGUGGGCAUUAUUGCAUCUCAUCAGUGAAAGAAGAAGACAACAAUGAAGAUGUCAGACAUCUCAGGUUGCCUGGAAAAUCAGAACUCAUGGGUUAAAAAUAAGAUUAAAUUCCGCAACUGCUGCACACCUGGAGAAAUAUCUCAUUGUUGGGUAUUUCCUUGAAGGUAUUCGUUUUUCUGGGCCCCUUAUAGGCUGUUCCUGUGUCCUCAGAUGACGUACAUGUGGAUUAUUCUCCGUAGAGACUAUAUAGUUCACAUGCCAAAAUGCCGGGAUGGAACUGGAAAGGAGCAAUGUCUACUUUAAUAAAUAAAAGAGAAAACACAGAAGGCUUGUGUUGCUUCUCU